AAAUCUAAAUUUUAUUAUAUAUCUACGAACUUGUUUGCCUUCUAUUAUAUUUCCUAAUCUUCUAGAGACGAAACCCAAAAACCCAAAUUAAUGUAAGAAAAAAGAGGGAAGAUUGUGAUAGAGGCUAUAUAUAAAGACAAGGACAAUAGAUAACAAUCAAAAGCACAACUUGCUUUAUCUUGUUGAGAUUUUGAGAAGAGCUCGAGCUCUCUUGAAGAAAAAAAAUGACACCUUCAAUCUCAGCCACCCAUUUCCUCUUCCUCUUGCUUAUCCUCUCUUCCUCCAUAGCUUAUUCACAACAAGAUGAAGCUUUCUUCGUUAAAAAAUCCAUGGAUAAGAAGCUUCUAGGCCUUGAAACAGAGCAACUAAGCCAUUUGCGACUAUAUUGGCACGACGUUUUAAGUGGCGAAAAUCCGACUUCGAUAGAAAUCGUACCCCCAAUUUCAGACAAAUUCAUUUCAGGAUUCGGCUACAUUAGAAUGAUCGACAAUGCGUUGACAGAGGAACAAGAUCGAAGUUCGAAACUAUUGGGAAGAGCUCAAGGAUUGUAUGCAUCAGCUUCACAAGACAAAGUUGCAUUGUUAAUGGCUAUGAAUUUUGUGUUUACAAGUGGGAAAUACAAUGGAAGCUCCAUUUCGUUAUAUGGAAGGAAUCCAUGGUUGGAGAACGUUAGAGAGUUGUCAGUAAUUGGAGGAAGUGGACUGUUUAGGUUUGCAAGAGGGUAUGCUACACUUCAUACUGUUGAGAUUGAUAUUGCUAAAGGGAAUGCUGUUGUUGAGUACAACAUUUACAUAUUCCAUUAUGCAGAUUCCAUCGCGUUGUUUUAAGUUCUGCUUGGAUUCAUCUACUAAGCGAUUAUAAAUAAAUUUCCUUUUCCAUCUAA